UGUCAUGAGGGUCGAGUCAAGUGGAAUCCGCAUUUGUGAGACAUCUUGUGAAAUUUUGGUGCAGCGAGUGACGUUUAAAAUGGACAAGUUAUGAAGUGCGAUACUAUCUUGAAUCUAUUUUCUCUUCUUUCCUUAUUGAGCUAUUAUGUUCCUAAGGGUGUGCUGUCCGAAGUAGAUGAGAACAGUUUUAUGAGCAGGUGCUCACUCUACAUUGACGAGAAGAAUGAGUGUGUUCAUUGUCACGUUUUAUUAAGCACUCGUGAACUGUUCUACGAUCAGCUGCAUAGCGAGACUUAUUAUGACGUUUUUUGUCAACCGCAAGUCGACGCUACUUAUGUGAAUGUUGUUACUAUUCACUCAUCAGAUCCAAGCGUAAAAUAUCUCGUCCUUAGCCUUGAAAGUGACCGCAGCAACAUCCACCAGACAAGAGAGGUGCUUUUUUAUAUCAACUACUUCUCAUCGAGCUCAAACCAGAAUGUCGACCACUACUUCGUCGCCAAACUUCAGGUGUCGGGCAGUGACAGGGAACAACUGCCGAAGAUGCGGAUUGCGCUUCCCUUAGGAGACGCGGAUCUUUAUAAGAAAGUGCAGGUUCUGUCUCACAGUCGUUUAGCCUGUGGCGGAUUGAGCUCUUCUAUAGAAAUUCAUUCCAAUGGGAUCGCCGAUACCGUAACUUUCGAACCAAAAGAAGCCAAACUGAACGAUAAUAAAACAUGCAAGUAUCUGCAAAAGUAUCUGCCGUUGGUUCCGGAAAAGAGUCAGAGACAUGAACCGCCCAUCAAGCAAAUCCCACCAGUGAAGCCGCUUGUGAUUCGGGAAAAGGGCCAAAAGCAAAAACCGUCUGAUCAAUCGUUGACUGCCAGGUUAGACGAAGAAACGCCUUCAAUGACUGUGAUUGUCGAUAAAAGUUUAUUCAUAGCGUAUGCUUUUAUUGUCUUAGCUGCAUCAUUGUUAUUAAUCGCGUUCGCUGUCUUGGUUAAGACGGGCAGAGUCGAACGGCGGAACUGGGAGAAAAUGCGGCAGUGUUUUUGUUGGACUGGAAACCGACGCCCCAGCAAUGCCGAGAUCCAGCAGCUACCAUUGAGACAAGUUCAAGAGCCACGACUAAAUGGCGAUGCCAAUGGCAACCAGCAAGUUCCACUCUAUGCUAUUCGGCCAGAUGAUAGAGGGCCUCCACCAGCUUCAAUUGCGUUUGGAGAUUACUUUCAUGGCUCAGAAGUUGGGCCAAAUGCUAGCAAUGUUGAAGCUGGAAACGAACAUGAGCAAAUCUUAGAAGAAGCCGACUCUCUUUGAAAAGGCGGACAAUCCGAUUACUGUGCAAAUCCAUAAGAGUCGGGCACCCUAUAUUCGAAUGCUCUGAAUCAAACCCACAAGGAACUGUGAAAAAAAACGACAAUCAUGGAAAAAACUUAUCUGUUAAGUUUUUUUAAAAGUUUUUCUAGUUCCUUCAGUUUCAGUUUUGGAAGUCAUCUUUGUUACUUCUUGAGGUGCAUGCUGUUUUAAUCUUAUACUUGAUGUCUCGCAAGCUGAGCAAAGCUCAGCUUCGCUUCUUUGAUAAAGUUGAGCUCAACUUUAAAUCGCAGAUGAUGAGUUUAGCAUAAUCUUUCAGGGCUUGCAUAAGUCUCGUAUCUUGAUUCGAAAAUUUCAAAUAUGAUUUCUCCAGUUUCAAAAGGACUAAAAUGUCAUCCUAACAAGUCUGAAUAUUUGGAUAUACAGUUCACGUACAAGUUGAACAGUGUUCUUUGUGAUAGCUGCUACUUCUGCCUUUGAGUAAACUGCCCUAAAAUUUUUGAAGUCAUCAAUCAAAAUAGUAAAUGUUCAAAAAAUGUAAUUCCAUUAUUUUAUACAGCUUAUUUCGUGGUCUUCAUUUGCAAUAUUCUUUGCCAUAUUUUGUAUGAUCGAAAAUUUUCAUAUGAUUACAGAUUUUACAGAUAUAUUUAUCACUGGCUAUAUUUGCUGCAGUAGUUUAGAAAUAAAAUGCUUCUUUGUGAUACCUCAUUUGCGAUCUUUAUAUAUUAAUUUUUCAAAUCUAUAAUUAAUGACAGAAAUCAAAAAAUACAUUUUUUCAAUCAGUUGAGUUUUGUUUCUUCCUUGAGGGCUUAACCAAAGGGAUGAUUUUCGAGUCGUUUAACUGGCGUCUUUUUCUCUUCUGAGCUCAUGAUUUAAGUGAGUAGUUUCCAUUUUGUGAUUCAGAUUUGAUCGGUAUAUGCUGCUUCAACAAUGGCAGCAGGUGAUUCAGUCUCCAGUGAAAUUGAAAUUGACGGGUCCCAAGGCGAGGGUGGUGGUGAAAUUCUGAGAAAUUGCAUAGCGUAUUCCACUGUUUUGAGCGUACCCAUCAAGAUCAAUAACAUCAGAGCAGGGCGGUCUAAACCUGGACUAAGGCCUCAGCACCUGCAAGGCAUUCUGCUGGCUAAAGAGUUAUGCAAAGCGGCUGUUGAGGGCUGUUGUGAAAACUCAACUGACGUUGUGUACAGACCAGGUGUCAUUACUGGAGGACAGUUUGUAGCUGACACGAAGACAGCUGGCAGUGUGACUCUUCUGCUGCAAACUAUUCUGCCCUGUUUGCUCUUUGCCAACAGAGCAUCUUCAGUCACUCUGAAGGGAGGAACUAAUGCCGAAAUGGCUCCGCAAAUUGAUUUUGUAGAACUUGUUUUGAAGCCUGUCUUAGAAAAGUUCGAUGUUUUGUUUGAUCUUGAUGUUGUAAUGCGUGGCUACUUUCCGAAAGGCGGGGGUGAAAUUGUUGUUCGAGCAAACCCCUUGAGAGAAAUUAAUCCGAUUGUUUUGAUUGACAGAGGACAAAUAGUGAGUGUUUAUGGGCGCUGUUUUGUGGCUGGCGUGUUGCCAUUAAAGAUGUGCCAUGAAAUGAAAUCUGUUUUGAUGCGCUUAUUCAACAAAGUAUCCUUAAAUGGCCCUGAUGUGAGUGUUAACUUUGAGUCCGUAAAAGAGACUACAGCUUUUGGCAAUGGAUCUGGAGUGCAGCUGGUGGCCAGGACUUCCACUGGAUGUCUUUUUUCUGGCUCUGCGUUGGGCAGCAGAAACCUGAGUAAUGAACAGGUAGCUGAAAAAGCAUUCCAGGAAUUAAUUGAAUCUGUGAUUACAAACAGUAAUGCAUGUGUUGACAAGUACUUGCAAGAUCAGAUGAUUAUUUUCAUGGCCCUUGCUAAAGGGAAAAGUAGAGUUAGGUGUGGACCACUAACGAGCCACACAGAAACUGCGAUCGCGGUUGCAGAGAAAAUGACAGGUGUAAAGUUCGAAGUGAAUUGUGAAACUGCUAAUGAUUUUAACAUUUCAUGUGAGGGCAUUGGUUUUCAAAAUCCCAAUUUGAGCUCAGCUUGAAAAAUGGCCUUGGGUAAAAGGCUUAAUUAAUGUUCAGUCUAUUUUUUAAAUACUAUAUUUUUGUGGUGCUCAUAAUAUCGGUGUAAUUGUGAUUAGAAUCUGAAAUUUGAAUUGAAAAUUGA